UGGUAUUUAACUUGGUCACUGUCCGAUACUAGAAGCCGUUGGUGAUCUAAUUCAAUGGUACAAAGGACAGUCUUGAAGGUUGAUAUUGCAUGCCAAAAGUGCAAGAAGAAGUUACUCAAGGCAGUUUCUGGAUUAGAAGGAGUAGAUAAAAUAGAAAUUGAUGCGGCCAAAGGAACAUUAACGGUAACGGGCGACGCGGACCCGUACGAAAUAAUAGUCCGAACGAGAAAGGCCGGCAAAAUUGUUGAAGUAGUCAGCGUUGGGCCUCCACCUGCUCCCCAAAAACAGGAUGCUCAAAAGAAGCCCGAUGAUAAGAAGCCUGAAGAAAAGAAAUUGGAUCCGAAAGCGGACAUUCACAUGCCCCACAAUUGUCCAGUUUGUCAGCGAAUAAACUUUGUGCAAUUGGACCGCUGGAAUGAGCCCAACCCAUCAUGUUCUAUUAUGUGACAAUCAUUUAAAAAAAAAAAAAAUUGUGAAUUUUCGAUUCAUUAUUACUCUGUUUUAGAUAGCUGAUUUUUGUUUUUGUUUUUUUGUUUUUAUAUAUUUUUUUUUACGUGGAUCUCUUACAAUUCCCCUAUAUUACAACCAUAUAUAUUUUUGCAUACGUUAUUCUUUUGGCAAAAAAUAAUUCCCAAUAUGAACAAAUUAGACCC